AUGCACAUAGUCUAAUAAAUUUCCAGCUGCUAGUGGAUUAUGUUCUACUUUUAAUACUACUAAUUACUCAUAAUGUAAAAAUUCUAAAGUAAAUGACAAGUUCUGUGUUUAGUAAGAAUUUAAUUCAACUUAUAAAAUAUCAACUAUCAACAAUAAAUUCAGAUACUUAAUGUUACAACUUUUUUGAAAAUUGUACUACUUAAGGAGCUAGUUGUAUAACUAUUUCAACAAGUUCAUCAAGCAAGACUCAAUCAGUCUGCUUGGCUAACUCAACACAUAAAGAUGGAGUAGGUAGAUUCGCUUGGAAUGAAGCAACAAAUAAAUGCAGAGAUAGAGUUUGCAGUGAUAAAAAUGGCUUAACUGUUUAUAAAUGUAAUCCUUUCCUUUCUGGAUGUAAAAAAAAUGGAUCAGGUUGUGUUGCUGAAGCCUCAUGAACUGAAUUCACCAAUAAAUAAUUCUGUAAAAUCCAACGCUGGGCCAUGCCUUUGGGUUAAUAGAUAAUGUUAUCAUUAUGACGUAUGUAAAGAUGAAGUGAAAAAGACACAUCUUGAAUGCUAAGCUUUUUACUAUUAUGAGCAACUUAGGGAGAUGCAUGCACUCCAAUUACAUCAGGUGCCACAACUGAAUUAAAGGCCUCUUGUGUUGUUGGAACUGAUGGAGCUUAUAGAUGGUUACCUAUUGGAAAAUGUUAGAAAUUCGGAUAGUACCAAAAUUGAGCAAAAAAAGGGUAUAAAUGACUAAUGCAAGCUUAUCUCUGUCAUAGGAGGAUCAUGCACAACUGAUAAAACCAAAUUCAUUCCAUAAUCGACUUGCUCAAGCUAUAUUGAAGCUGGAUAUUUCAAUGGAAAUGCGGGAAAAUGUUUAUUCUCAUUACCAGUUAGAACUACUACAGGAAAUAAAUCCUGUAAAAUGGAGCAAAUAUAUCCCUAAGGCUACUUGCUCAUUUUAUAUGCUAUUACUGCCUGUAAUGGAAUGUGGAAUUGA